AUGGCAUCCUCAAAGCGCAAGUCUGACGACAGCGAUUCCGACUGGGAAGGUGCACCCGGAGCGAAGCAACCCAAACCCACGAUCGAGUCAGGGACCGCUGAAAUUCAGAAAGAUCUUGGUAACUAUGGCAGCGCAUCUUCUCAACGCCCGGCAAGGGUAAGGAAGCCUCCGGAAAGAUACAUCAAUGCACCGCCUCAGCCGUCAGCCCACAAGAAGAAGAAAGCGACCUCGGCCAAGGCCAAUCCAUCUACGGAGGAAGGUUCAGCUACAGCAAGGGGUGCUUCUCAUCAGAUUCAGGCUGAGCUUCCGGCACCUUCGGACACAAUUGCCAAUGGCAUCGACAGCUCGUCACAACUACCGGAGAAAGAGUCCCUGAUAGUCUGUCUCAAAGUCCCAAUUUCCGCCUACAAGAACACACAGACCUCUCUUCCGCUGGACGGACAAGGCCAAUGUGCUCAGCGUAUACUGGAUCCCGUACCGGCAUCGAGUCAGGAUUUUGCAACACCGCCCGCCUCGCAAGAAACCCUUUCAAGCCAGACCCCCAUAUCGCAAGCAUGGGAACCAAAUACGCCGGAGGACAGUAUGCGCAACGUCCCAGACUUCGUCAAUCACGCCCAAACACCGCCAUCAAUGCUUUCGAAGGAGGCAGAUGGUCGCUUCGCAUACCUUACGCCCGAAUCAGCCAUUCACUAUGAUCUGAGUGUCGUGCAUGAAAAGUCGAACGCUGAGCUUGGGAACGGCCAGGUGCCUGAACAAGACUCAUAUCUAGCCCAGCCCAUACUGCCUUUGGGUUCGACCUGCGGAAGGUGUGGCGCAGCUGGGCACGAAGAGCAUGACUGUUCCGUGGCUCUUUCUGUCCCCGACAAUCGAGAUCGCAGCGGGCAGGUCGAGGCUUGGCUUCGAGCUGGCGAUGCCGCCGACCAGUCAAAACCGCCCUGUGCCGACCUUGUUGGGCCGGUGUCCAGUCUGUAUGCGGAAUCAGAAGCAACAACGGAUUGCGAUGAAUUCGUGGGCUCUCCCGUCGGUGAAGGAUUCGACCUAGCCGACAACAAACACCUCUCCGAUAUCACCGAGCGACUCAUUGCCCAGCAGAAUAGAGGUUCGAACAAGCCAGAACCGCACGGACAACCAGAAGUCUGGGCCGACGGACGGCAAGAGAUCUGCGAGACGCUACAUUACUAUCGCGCAUACCAAAGCGCCUGCUACUCAACUGGCGGUUUUGCGAGGGGCUUCAUGUUUGACAAGGUUGCGCAUGCUCGCGACUAUAUGGAUACUAACGUUGUCAUCUCACGAGCAGGUGGUGGUCUCGCGAAGGACAUUGACUCCGGUGAGAUGAAGUCAAAGAAGGACCAAUCUGAAGACUCAGCUGCGCUAGGCUUGAGGAACUGCAUGCUUCACUACAACCCAGUCGUCAUCAUCACCGGAGUCGACAACCCCAACAUCCCAUCAAAGCCACCGCAUCAGUACUGUGUUUUGGAUCAUUUCAAGCCCACCCAUAUCUGGGCUGAGAAGAGUGGUAACAGCAAGAUUGUGCGAUACCGCUUUGAGAAGCUGAACACAAAGAAAGAGUCCUGGUGGAAGGAGAAGGAUUCACAGGAAGUUGCAGAGCUUGGCUCGCUGCAACCUCCAGUCGAGAAGAUAUGCGGAAGCUGCAACGUGAAGUCUCAACAGAUAUACCUGAACGGGUGGAUGUGUCUACAACCGACUUGCGCCGCCUUUUGGAAGAUUCUCAUGCCCACACCAGGACCCGGAACGAGCACGUCAGCGCAGGAGCCAAAAGAAGCCUCCUUGGUAUAUGACCCACGCUUUCUCAAGCAGAAGACUCCUUGGCACAACGACGAUCACGACUACCCUCUAGUCUCUAACGCUGCUGAACUUUCAGGACACUCUAUUCCUGGCGAAAAUACAUCCGUCGCAUUCUGGUCUGGUAUCGUUUGCCCUGGUUGCGGACGCUGCACAUCCCGUCUGAACUGGACAAAUUGGGAGUGUUCCAAUGUAGCAUGCCAGUACAUGAGAACGCCUCCGCACACGCUCAUCCCCGCGCUAUCGCUUCACGACCCAUUAUGGCCAGUCACUAGCAGCUACACGCUGUCUAGGGAUACAAUGACACCUCUUUUAGGAUUGAAGGUAUCAUUUGAACAUGGAUAUCGUAUCAAUCGCUAUGAGUUACCCGGAGUCAAUGGCUUCAUCACACACAUGAUCGCCAACAAGACCGUGCUUGAGGAAAAAGGUGGACCAGAUGCCAUGUUCGAAGAGCUCCAACAGACGGACAUUGGACUGCAGCGACGCUCCAUGCCGAACGGUCAGCUCAAAGGACCAAACUACUGCCGCCAUUUCGCAGUCAACUAUGGCAUGCCGUACAAAUUCAUCGCAGCGACAGCAUCUCGUUCUUUCGAUGGAGCCGCUCGUCCAAUAACCAGCACUCGCAGUCGCUUGAACUGGGCGGCCAAGUUGCUCUUGACACAAGAGACUGGGACGAGCAUGGAAGAAGUCAAUCAAGAAUGGCAAGAGAAGGAGUUCAACGAAGUUCUAGCACUGGGAUACUUCGAAGAACAAAAGAUCAACUACCAUGAUGACGGCGAAUUCGGCCUCGGCCCAACUAUCGCAACGUUGAGUUUGGGUGCACCUGGCACUAUGCGGAUCCGCAUGAAAGCCCGUCACUACCAUGGUGUGUCUUCUGUCGCUGGUCUUUACGACGACACUGCCCCAAUCCCAGGAUGCGAACACUACGACGCUCGUCUCGCAGUCCAACCUUCUCUCGAUGCGCUCAAGACAUCAGACUCUAAAGCGUACAACGCGAGGAGGAAACAAAUUCCCAAGCAAUUGAAACUCAGCAACCGAGGCAAUGCGAGGGACGCGCUGACGAUGCAGCUCGGUCAUGGCGAUAUUGUCAUCAUGCACGGUGCGGAUGUACAGAAGUAUUAUGAGCACGCUGUUGAGCACUCGGGUAAGCUGCGGUUUGCGCUUACUUGUCGAUACAUCGAUCCCAAGUCGCUGAAGGCUGAGGAUCAGCCCCAGUAUGAGGUUGGACCGGAUGAGGAGCGGUACGAUGGAUCAGGAUUGAUGUGA